AUGGGGACCUGGUUCAUCAUCAUCGUUUCUUUAUGCGUCGCCGUUCUCUUCAAAUCCCUCCUCAACCUCAUCCACCCCUUCUCUUUCUCUACCAAAAAGCUCCCGCCUGGGCCCUCCAUCGUCCCCGUUAUUGGCAACUUCAUCUGGCUCCGCAAAUCAUUCCACGAAAUCGAACUCCACCUCCGGAAAUUCCGGUCAAAGUACGGUCCAAUCAUCACCGUCCAAAUCGGGUCUCGACCUGCAAUCUUCAUCGCCAGCCACUCCCUCGCGCACCGGGCACUCGUCCAAAACGGAGCCGUCUUCUCCGACCGUCCCAAGUCCAUCAUUGACUCCAUUUUCAAUAGCAACCAGCACAACAUCACCUCCUCUGCCUAUGGCCCCACGUGGCGUCUUCUCCGUCGCAACCUUACCUCCGAGAUCCUUCACCCCUCCCGUGUUAGAUCCUACUCCCAAGCCCGCAGGUGGGUCCUCGGCGUCCUCGUGGGCCGCCUUCUGCAGGGCCACGCGUCUUCUUUCAGAGUACUAGACCAUUUCCGACACGCCAUGUUCUGCCUUCUGGCAAUCAUGUGUUUCGGUGACGGACUUGAUGAUGAGCAAAUAAACCAGAUCGAGACGGUUCAUCUCCAGUACAUUUUAAGUCUCCCCCGAUUUAGAAUACUCAACUUUUGGCCCCGAAUUGGGAAGAUUGUGUUCCGCAGACGGUGGCAGGAGAUGAUACAGACAGAACAAGGGAAAGAGGAGGAAGAAGAAAGCGUGGUGGCGUAUGUGGACACGCUGGUGGAUCUCGAGUUGCCGGAGGAGAAGAGGAAACUAGAAGACGGCGAGAUGGUGAGCCUGUGCAGAGAGUUUAUAAACGCCGGCACCGAUACGACGUCGACGGCGUUGCAGUGGAUCAUGGCGAAUCUGGUAAAGUAUCCUUGCAUUCAGGCCAAGCUGUACGAAGAGAUCACUGGAGUUGUAGGACCGCCACCGCAUAUACGACCUGGCAGAGACCUAGCAGAGACUGAAAUAAUAAAGGAGGAGGAUUUGCAGAGGAUGACGUAUUUAAAGGCGGUGGUGUUAGAGGGUCUCCGGCGACAUCCGCCGGCGCACUUUUUGCUUCCUCAUGCGGUGACGGAGGAUGUGGAGUUUGAAGGGUACCAUGUGCCGAAGGAGGCAACGGUGAACUUCAUGGUGGCAGAUAUGGGGUGGGACCCCAAGGUGUGGGAGGAGCCUAUGGAUUUCAAGCCCGAGAGGUUCCUGACUAACACUGGCGCCGGCGCAGGCGGAGGAGGUAACUCAGAGCAGAAACACUGUGAUGGUGGAGGAGGGGAAUCAACUUCUUCUCUGUUUGAUAUAACCGGAAGCAGAGAGAUCAAAAUGAUGCCGUUUGGGGCAGGGAGGAGGAGUUGUCCCGGAGCUGGAUUAGCUCUGUUGCACUUGGAGUUCUUUGUGGCUAAUCUGGUGUGGCAUUUCGAGUGGACGGCUGAGGAUGGAGACGAGGUAGAUCUAACGGACAAACAUGAGUUCACCAUUGUGAUGAAGUAUCCACUGCGGCCCACGUUUCCCCAGGGUGCCUCCUCCACUGAAUCG